CUGCCGCGGUAGACCGCAAAACAGUCGUAUUUUUUGCGAACGCGAGAGAUGGUCAAUGUUCGAAAGAAAGGUCUGGAGCGAGUGUAAAAACGGCGAGGGAGAAUGGGGAGAGACGCUAUGCAGCGGUGUCUGCCAGAUCAAUCAUUUGUCUGCCUUUGACACGAGAUAUUUUCUCAACUUCUAAUUAACUUACUGCUCUGUUUGCGGUCAUGUAUAGUAAUUUAUCAGUAUUGUUUGGUUUUCUUCCGCCCCUUUUCUAUGACUACUUUUAGCUAAAACCAGGAAAUGCCUAAAUAUCCAUAAAGCGCAAGUGUUACUUUGUAAACAGUUUUUUGGGGUUCCGGGUUCACCGUAAUAAUCUAAUAGAGAGUUCAGCAUGACGUUUACAGCAGACGGUAAACGGCAAAAAUUACCUCUAUGAUUUUGUGUUCUUUUCUUCUAAUCCAUAACUAAAUCACACAAAAAUAGAAAAAUGUCUCCUACUAUUCACCACAAAUUCAAAUAUUUUCACUCUACUGUAUAGACAGCUGAAGACCGACGGAAAAAGUUUCAUUUUUGCUGUUUGCCGUUUGACGUAACGUCAUGCAAUUUAGACGUUAUAUUCUCAGUAAUUUCCCCCUGGCGUAAAAAUUCUGCUCUGAUCAUGUGGCUUUACAGCAGAACAUAUGUCCUCGUGGGUAAUAAUUUGGUGUAUAUCGGCGCGAAAUUUAAUCCUUCUCUUAAAGCCGUAAUUCAAAAGCUUUUAAUGCAAGUAUUUCGUUACGAGAUCAAACAAAAGUGAAACUUCCUCACUCUUGUUUACACUUGUUUUCUUGCUAUUACUGCAAUCGAAGCCUUGUUUAGUGUGGAAAAUCAUUGAAGGAUAGCUUUUUUUUAAUAGAAUGUACGAUCCUUUUGAUACAUUCAUCACAGAAGGGUCAUGAAAUAGACCUCAGUAUCAAUAAUUCAGGAAACAUUUAAGGCAAAGUGUGACCGACUUGUUAACAGAACGGAUCUCAUCUCUAUACUAUUUUUAUUUAUAAGCGCGCUUGGAAAAUCGCUGUCUUUGACAACUGAGUAUAUAUUUCCUUCUUCGCCUCAGAGUCAGGAGAUUUAUUGGGAACAAGAGCUGUACAAACAGUUUAAAUACAGAGCAGCUACUCCAACCUUCCAUACUUUCAACGCUCAUGAUUGUAGAGCGGGGUUAAACUUUUGUGACGAGCUAGAAGCGUCUGCAUUUCGUUCCGCCAUAAAGGAGAGAAUCAAAGAGUUUAAAAGAAAACGUCAAGAGGCUCGUGAACGCAAAGUACUGGCUCAGCAACAAAUGCAGAUGCAACAGAUGCAAAUGCAACAAAUGCAGCAAAUGCAGCAAAUGCAGCAAAUGCAACAAAUGCAACAAUGGCAGAAAAUGCAUCAACUGCAGAAAAUGCAGUCCAUGGUUGGAGGUCCUAUGGGACGAGGCGUCCAGAUGGUUCGGUACCAGGCUAUUCCCAGCCGCGCUCCGUUUGCUCAAUCAAGAAUGAUGAGGCCACAGGCAUCCCAAAUCAUGGGCCCUCGUCCCAGAUCACCGGGACCAAUGCGCGGACAAAUGGCGCCCCCGGCGCGGAGAGGAAUGCCAAGAGGAAUGGCACCAACUCGGAACAUCGGCGCCUCGCCAAUGGCUACCGUCCAAAGGCCCGCUGGACCGCAAUCCAGAAGACCGCCGGAAAACAGCGGGCAAAGGAGACCUAUAGCACCUAUUAACGAUUCGAUGAAGCCUGAAAAUGAGGCAGCUCCAGCUCCAUUAAAGAGACGAACGAGAGAAGAAGAGCCUAUUUAUGAACGUAUACCUGCGGGUGAUCAAUCUGUACAGCAGAAAGUAGUGGAAUCGUCAGACCGCUCUACAUUACCUCCAGUUGAGCCAGAGCAAAACAAAACGUCGAAGAAACAGAAGAAAGAGAAAAAAGGUUUCUUUAGCGGGCUUUUUAGGAGGAGCGCAAAAGAUUCUGAGAAAGCAAAGGACAUCAAAAGGCCAGGCCCUGCUGCAGAGAAAUCCAUACCAAGCACACAGCAAGAACCAUCUCAGCCACCGCCGCCUGCUGCAGCGCCCCCAGCUGCCCCUCCCGCUGCAGUACCUCCACCUACUCCGGCACCUCCGCCUACUUCGGCACCUCCGCAUGAUCUGUCUGUGCCGCCUGCUCUGGUUCCUCCACCUCCUGUCUCAUCAGCAAUACCACCACCAGCACCACCACCACAGGCACAAACCACAGCGGAACCGUCUCCACCGCCUGAAGCAGAUGAUGGAUCGAUGCCUCCGCCACCUCCACCUCCUCCGCCACCGCCACCGCCACCACCCCCUCCCCCUCUGCUAGAUUUUGAAUUUAGCGAUAGCUGCAGGACAAUGAGUGGAUUUGAGAACUUGAGUGGUACCGGUGGGAUUGGUGCUGUUGGUGGUGGAGUUGAAGGGCCGGCAACAUUUCUCGACAGUAUACUUGCAGGACCACAACUUAAGAAGGUUGAAAGAUCAACCGCUCCAAAGCCGCAAGAGGAGUUUACAGGAAUGAUGGGAAACUUGGUUCGGGCAUUAGAUGAACGUCACAAGGUCAUGCAUUCUUCAGGUAAACAUGUUACAUUGUUUCUUGUUUUCUCUUUGUAUGAUACAAAGGAAGCAAAAACGAAUGUCAUUUGAAAAGGAAUGAGAACGAAUCAGAUGAGUACCUUAAUAAGUGGUUUCCCCGCAAGUGUGAGGCGUCGACGCGAAAACAUUUUUCUGAUUGGACAAUUACAACACAGUCCUGCUUUGAUUGGUCAGAAAAUUUAGUAAUGACUGUUCUUAAAUGCGGUGCAUAAAUGUAUGCAGAAUACACCACUACUCAUUUUUUUUUUUUGUUUGGAAACUUAUUGGUAUAUUCUGCUCGCACAAGCUCGAGAUAUUUUAAAUCUCCAUAUGAUUCCCUUAAGUACC